AUGGAGCUGUACGGCUUUGUUCUGCUAGCGGCCGCAGUGCUGGUGGCGAGUGCUGAUCUCUGCGCAGCGUCCAAGGAAUCGCACUUGACCGCAGCUGACGCGCUGACUCACGCGUUACAAAACGAGACCCCGACCAAAAGGUUUCUAAGAGUUUCUACUACCAACAAAGACGACUACGGGGAACAGAGGGGAAUUUCUGUGGAGAAGAUUUCGAACGUGUUAAAGUCAAGCAAGACCAAGGAGUUGGAGGCACUGCUGAAGGCCGACGACACUAUCACCAAUGCCUUCAAGAAGCUAAAACUAAGCACCAUGCCUGUCGCCCAGAAUAACUUUGUCAAGACGGAAAUGGUGGUCAAGCUUUUCUCAAGCCGCAACUUCAAGGUUUGGGCCAAGCAUGCCGCCCAGAUAAACAAGCAGGACCCGGAAGGUGCUAUGGUCAACGCGCUUAGAAAAGAGUUUGACGACAAAACGCUGGCGAAUAUGAUCUUGGUGGGCAAGCUUUCAUGGAAAUCGAAGAGUACCGCUAAGAAGAUGGAGAAAGCGCUGUUUAAUGCGUGGUACUCGGAAGGAAAACGGCCGGAUGGAGUGCUUGCGGACAUACUGAUGGUGAAAUUUCACGACAUUCGGAGGAGCCCGCGAGCGAUGGCUAUUUGGGCGGAUUACACCGACUACUUCAAAAAGCGAGUACUUGACUAUGGUAGGGGUAAAUAG